AUGAGACUCAAUCUAUCAGCACUGAUCUGUCUGAUACCGGCUGUCCUGAGCAUCCCAUUUGAAGGUUUUACAAAACGACCAAACACAUGUCCAAAGACUCCAGUUAACGCGACUCGCUAUGAUGCAAAACUUCCAGACCCUUUCAUGUUUGCCAACGGCAGACCUGUUAAGACCCUUUCUGACUUUGCGUGCCGCCAACGUGAAGUCAGCGAGCUCUUCCAGACCUUUGAGUUGGGGGCAAAACCGGGGAAUCCAGAUAGCGUAUUUGGCUCUAUCUCUGGCCCAAACCUGACAGUCACGGUUUGUGUGCAUGGCAGGACCGUAUCUUUCACACCUACGAUUGCAUAUCCCGCGAACGGAACCGCUCCACACCCAGCCAUCAUCGCACUCGGAGGCCUUACCAUCCCUGCGCCUUCUGGAGUAGCCAUCAUCAUAUACAACAACGAUGAUAUCGGCGCUCAACUCGAUCAGAGCAGCCGGGAUCAAGGAAAGUUUUUCGAGCUCUACCCCGAACUGGGGGCCAAUGGUGCCAUGGUAGCAUGGGCUUGGGGUAUAAGCCGCAUCCUCGACGUUCUGGAGACUUUACCUGAGGCCAACAUCAAUACGAAAAAGAUUGCCGUCACUGGUUGCUCCAGGAACGGAAAAGGAGCACUGGUCGCGGGUGCACUAGAUAGCCGCAUAGCUCUCACAAUUCCACAGGAAAGUGGUUCUGGUGGAACUGCAUGCUGGCGUCUGAGCGACUACGAGAAUCACAACGCGUCGACACAGACAGCAUCCGAAAUCGUCCAAGAAAACGUCUGGUUUGCUACUCAGUUUGAUGAUUUUGCCAAUACCACAGUAGAUAUGCUGCCAAUCGAUCACCACAUGCUGGCUGGCCUUGUUGCUCCAAGAGGUCUACUGGUGAUCGACAACAUCGGAUACGAAUGGCUUGGACCCUGGAGCUCUUAUGGAUGUAUGAAGACCGCUCACAGGAUCUUUCAAGCUCUUGGAGUAUCUGACCAUUUGGGAUAUUCCAUGUCUCCCAGCCAUCUUCAUUGCUCCUUCCCCUCAAAUCAGGGCCCUGAACUCCAAGCCUUCGUCGACAAAUUUCUCUUUGACAAAAUCUCUGACACAAAUUUCUUCAACCCAGCAGGCAAUAUCACAUUCGAUGAUGCGCAAUGGGUAGACUGGUCUACUCCGCACCUGCGUUGA